CGAGGAAGUGUGCUAAAAAUAUCAUAUUUCAUCAAUAAAAGUGAACUUUGAAAGACAAUGUGUUGGACAUAUUUUUAUCUGACUAUAAAUUUAUGUGAUUUCUCACCCGCUGAGAGAAAACUAUUUAACCUUUUCCAACGUAGUUCACCCCGAUCUUCUUUCUGAUUGCUGUUUCCAACACGAUCCAUUGGUGAGUUUUAACACACGUUGUAUUUUCAUGUAGUUUUAUUGUUUACAUUUUGUGUAGAGUUCAUGUGCACUGGCGGCCGUGAGGACAACGUAUUAUCGUAUUUUAAAACUGUGAAUUGACGGGUAAUUACGGCAAACACUUGAAUAUAUAGAUUGUUAUGUACUUCACUAAAUAUUUUAACAACGAUUUUGGUUGUAUUUUGUUUACAUUCCCCCCCAAUUUUCCACGUCCAUUUGAGACAAUAAAAAACGACAUGAAGGCACGCGUGUUUAAACUUAAGCUUUUAUAUUGCCAAUCCCUGCUGUUAUCAAGUGAGAACAUAAAGUAAUUGUUUCAUUGUACACGCUAGAAAUAUAGUAUUCGUUAGCAAAUCAAUACAAUUGAGAGAUCUACAAGUCGACCUGUGAAGCGUACCUUUUGAUGGCAAAAUGCCUACUUUAAUUGGACAUUUCCUUAAAAAUCUCCUUCACUUUAUUUUUAGUAUAAUUCAAAAUGACGAAACCUAAAAGGAAGGCUGUGCGUAAUACGAAAACCUGUAGUCUACUUUCAAUGUUGGUGCUGACAAGCAGUUUUUUUCUCGUUGAAAUAAUCGUUGGAUAUAUCACAAGGUCUGUGGCUCUGGUUGCCGAUUCAUUUCACAUGCUGUCUGAUGUAAUAUCCUUAAUAGUCGGCUUCUUUGCUUUGCGGUACUCAAAAAAAUCAGGCCAGACCGAUCGAAACACAUUUGGCUGGCAAAGGGCUGAAGUUCUAGGCGCUCUCAUAAAUGCCGUAUUCUUGGUAGCCCUAUGCUUUACGAUUUUUAUCGAAGGCCUCAAACGUUUAGUGGAAGUCGAGCCAAUCCACAACCCAUGGUUGGUCCUAAUUGUCGGCGGUGCUGGCCUGCUAAUUAAUGUGAUAGGUCUGUUCCUGUUCCAUAAUCACGGACAUGGUCAUUCGCAUGGUGGCGGGGGCCAUGGUCACUCGCAUGGUCAUUCGCAUGGCGCUGUCAGGAAUGGUAACAGCACUCCCUCGAUACAGACAGGUGAAAUGAUUCUCCCAAAUAUGGGCAAUGUUGAGAAUGGCGAGGUGGCCGAAAUUGAAGAUCAGGGCAAUGACAUGUUCGGUAGUUCAUAUUUGAGAGAUGCAAAAGAGAUUCAAAAAUUUGCAACAGGUUUGUUAUUCUAUUAUGGCUAAUAGUAUUCUAUGUCUUUCAAUUAGGUGGGGCAAUUAAUGUUGUAUAUAUGUCAUCAGCAUAGAUGAUCAACCAUGCCAAACAUAAAUAACAUAUCUUAAAUUUGUGGUGGAUUCUUAUAACUAUAAUCUCUACAUAAAAUAUAAACUUAAAAGCCUUUUUAUACAAGCUGACAAGUGUCUCGUUUUAUCUCAAAGUGGAAAUCUCACAUAGUGUAUAGUAAGAAAAUAUGGUGUUUCUAGAUUGAGGGUAAACAUUUUUUAAUACUUUUGAAAUUUAAUAAUUUAAUUUUGGCCAUAUAUAUUAAUAUACAGUGUACUCGUUCAUUAAUUAUUGCCUGAGGAAAAGGGCUGCAUUUAUAUUGGACAAUGAGAAAAUCUCAAUUUAAAAUUUACAACUGAAACAAACAAUUCACAUUGGCACUGCAAAUGUACAGAAUUGAUGUGGUAAUCGUGAAUAAAUACGUGACAUUAAUGUUCCCAUGUCAAUUAUGGUAAAUUUCUUCUCGAAGAGUCUUCUCAUCGUGUACACGUGUUAAAAAAGCCUCUUCGUUUUCCCAUACAAGUGAUAUCUGCUUAGCCAUGGUUGCUCUCUUAAUAUUAUUGCCCCCGACGAGCGGGAAUAUUACUUCUCGAUGUUGACGGAUUGAUUUAAAAUAAAACCGCAAAACCGCGCCGCAAGAAACGUGUGUUUAUGAGUUCACUGUAGUCUACGGUGCGUAUUUAAAUUCCAAUCACUCCUAGCCAAUUCUUUUAGCCAACUUAUGGACAUCGAAAAGUGUUUUAGAAAUAUAAAACAAUGAUAGAAAUCGAAAAAGUUGAAUCAAACAUUCAAUUCUUUCUCUGAUGUUGACAUAUUAUUAUCACUAAACUCUAAUUGAACAAUUAAUUCUUCGUCAUCUCCGAGUGGACUUAGCGUGUCAAUCUUUCAUCUCGUCACGGAUACCAUGUAAUCGCUGAGAAUUGAAACUUUCAUGCUGUGAUCUAUACCGGUUGUACUGUCUGUACUCUCACUCUGUAGACAAAACCGAAAAAUUAACAAAAUUUCGCUUUCGGAAUUUCGUUAUUGUUUGCUGUGUUGGUGUAAUGUACUCAGGUGAAUAUGGUGUUUGUGAUGUUACUCUGAGUGUGCAUCCACACCGGGCAAGCUUGAAAAAUAUGCCUGGCCACGGUGGGAAUCGAAGGGUCAUCGAACCUACGACCUUUGGAAUACUAGCCCAAUGCUCUCCCAACUGAGCUACGCGGUCAGGUCGGUUCAAGUAUGUGAUAUUUCAGAACUGAGUCUAGUUCCUUCGGAUAUCAAUGUAAAUUUCGCUAUUGUUUUCACAUUCGUGUCGCCACAAUAUAGGCAUGCAGAGUUCAUCCCCAUAGAUUUCAAUGCGCAAUGUCGCUUGUCGAAUAGUUUACCUUAACAGGCGUCUUUAUUGAUACAGUAGGAUAUAUGUCUCGUUAUCAUUGUUCGACAUACAAUCUACUAAAUACAAGAUACCAUAUAAACAUUAAAGAACUCCGGGGUUUCUGACCAUAGCAAGCACUAACACAAUAACUCAAUAAGCGGCACAGUCACUCUGUUCGAUGUUCUUUGUUAUUUUUAAAAAGAUAUGUUUUGAAAGGGUCAUAGCACUUGUCCAAAUAUGUCCGGAACAAUUAGUGUGCAAUAAUCAGUGGACAACUUGCAUGUUAGACUAAAUUUUAAUCUAAGUAAAGAGAAGGGAAUCAAACACCACCGCUGAAAAGAACAUGAAGAAAUUAGUAAAAUUGCAAAAUUUGGUUGCGAAAUGUUUGUAAAGCUUGGAAAAUAUAGUCUUGCAAAGUUUGCACAUUUUGUAUAUAAAUCUGUUCAAAUUUCUGUAGUUAUCGUGAGAGAGAAAUCAGUGGAACUGCCUACAUGCGCAUCAACAGAUCCAGAAAAACACUCCCUUCAUAAAAAGAAAGUCACUAGCAGUGCACAGAUGAAUAUGCGAGCUGUCUACCUCCACGUACUAGGCGAUGCAUUGGGUUCAGUAAUUGUCAUCGCGAGCGCUUUGUGUAUUAUAUACGGAGACGGUGACUGGACUCUAUACGUUGAUCCAGCGAUGAGUUUGAUCAUGGUGUUGAUUAUCAUGAAAUCCUCUGUGCCUUUGUUAAAGGAGUCUGCAUUAAUCCUCAUGCAAACCGUGCCUACCCAUAUCAAGAUACAAGAAGUACGAGAGAGAUUACUGGAGCAAGUCGAGGGAGUGCUGAGCUUACACGAAUUCCACGUCUGGCAGUUGGCCGGAGAUAAAAUUAUUGGUAAGGGACCGGUCAUUAUUUAUGGCGGGGGGGUGGCAAGGAAGAGAAAAGGGUUGGGUAAACAAAAUUUUGAGUUAGUAAAAGGUUGGGUAAAUGAAAAACAAAACAACUCAAGGGUUGGGUAAUAAAAAUUUAUUGUCAUUUUCAAAGCAUGACCCACUGAAAUAUUGAAGACUGAAAAGCAAUGUCAACAGUCAUUUGUCAAUACAAUACGUGAAUCAAUCAGAGUCACUAUCUUGAUCAUUUUGACAAAACAAAUUGUGUCUCCAAAGAAAGUACAUGCGCAGACAACAUGAAACUUUAGACUGCAGAAAAUUUCACAAGCCGUUAUCAAACUCAUGUCAUAGAAGUGAUAAAGGACAUGUAUGACAACUGAAUGGUAUCCUUUUAAGUUUUUGGCCAGGGGUGAGUAAAAAGUACUGGAGACAAAACGUACUUAAGUAAAAAGUACAAAGUAUCCUUAAAAAAUACUUGAAGUACAAAGUACAAGUAAAAGCACUAUUGUCUAUAGCGUUUAGGGGGAGGGGCUACUCCAAGGAUUGACAUACAAAAGACACGCAUUAUAUGCGUGCGCCAUAAUAUACAAUAAUUCACGGCAUGGUCUACAUUCUAGACCCCGUUGAAGAUAAGAAAUCCAUUAAAUAAAUAAUGCUUAUAAGUAAGUCACAAACAAGAGAUCCCAGACGCAUGUAGAGGUCCUAUAUUACCUAUGUAUCCCAAUAUUAAAAUAAAUCGGGAAUAAAUCACGUAAAAUUAAACAGAUGUGGGAAACUAACGAAAUACUUCGCCACAAAAUGAAAAUAACGAAGUAAAACGUUACUUCUUAAAAUGACUUCGUUCCAAGUAAAAGUACUCCAGAAAAAGUUUACUUUGUUACAUUCUCACUUCUCAAAAAUAGUACUCAAGUACAGUAACGAAUUACAUUUACUUCGUUACUUGACACCACUGCUUUCGCGUCUUCUCGGAUAAGGACGUUAAAAUCGUAGGUACGUCGGUCCCCUAUCAAUUGCGCAAUAGCCUGUUGGGAAAUAGUCCGCUCACCAAUGAGUGAGAAUCUCAAUAAUAAACUCCCGAGAUUGAAUCAAAAUUUUAAAAUCCUACCUUUUCAGCUUCAGCGCACAUUACAUGUCGCUCGAUGGCGGAGUACAUGCCGAUUGCAAACAAGGUGAAGGAUUUCUUUCACAACGAAGGGAUCCAUUCCACGACCAUCCAGCCUGAAUUCAUCGAAGAUCCUCCUAAGAAUCUGGAACUCAACAACUGUGUGCUAGGCUGUGGGGAAGACAAAGAAUGUGGCGCUCAGCGGUGUUGUCCGGAGGCUGUUAGACAGAGAAAGAAGACAUCUGAUCAAGCUGGGAAAAGUGGCAGUUCUUCUGAAGAAGUUGGAGAGACUUCACAUAUUACAAAUGUCUGAUAGCACAAACAGUCUGACAACUGUUCUUAAACAGAAGAAAGUCUGAGAACUGUUCUUAAAUAUGCUCCAGGACUGGCUAGUUGUCCGCUUAGGGUUAUAAUUUUCUACCGUAUGAAGCUUUAUAUAUUAUAGAAGAGACUUUAAAUUAGGUUGAUAAUGGUAGAUAACGGUUACUAGAGAUUUGCUGCGAGUUGUUUCGCUUAAAAUUGAAACACAUUAUUUAUAUCAAUUAUUGUUAAGAUACGAAACCUAAUAUAUAGAUGGUUGAUUCACUUUUCUUUGUUUGUUGUUUCAUGUACUGGCAGUCUGGUCUGCAG